CCUCUCAUGGUUCUGGUAUUGGCCUCGACUCUCUGGAGAAUGCAUUCGGCCUUGCUCAUCGGCCUUCUCACCUCCGCCGCCGUCGUACUAACUUUUUGUGCGGCGACCGUUGCGUGCGUCAGGAUGUUCCGCAGGCGCAUACUGUCGUCCGCUGGGUGCUUUCGGGACUUGGGCCGCUUGGAGAUGGGUCCAGGCCAGGCCCGCGUCGCCGAUGAGACCGAGCCGGAGAAGGGGAAUCCGGCGACGAAGCAGGCGGCGGUUCCCCGGCGGUUCAGGUGGGAUGAGGUAGAUUCGGCGACCGGUAAGUUCUCCCUCUCCGCGGUGGUCGGCGAGGGGGGAUCCAGCACCGUCUACCUCGCCCGCUUCUCGGAUUGCUCCUCGCUCGCCGCCCUCAAGCUACACCGCCCCAGCGAGCGGCUCCACCAUGCGUUCCGCCAGGAGCUCGACGUCCUCCUACGGCUCCGCCACCCGCACAUCGUCCGCCUCCUCGGUUAUUGCGACGACCGCGAGGCGGAAGGGGCUUUGGUGUUCGAGUACGUGGCGAACGGGAGCCUCCACGAGAAGCUCCAUGGAAGCGGCGGGGAGGUGCUGCCGUGGGCGCGGCGGAUGGCGGUGGCGCACCAGGUGGCGCAGGCGCUGGACUACCUCCACGAGGGCUGCGACCCCCAGGUGGUGCACGGCGACGUGAAGGCCGCGAACGUGCUCCUCGACGGGCGGAUGGCGGCGAAGCUGUGCGACUUCGGAUCCUCGCGGGUGGGUUUCUCGGCGGCGGUGGCGCCGCCGCGAUCCGGGCGGACCAUGGUGGUGGGCUCGCCGGGGUACGUCGACCCGCACUACCUGCGGUGCGGGGUGAUCUCCAAGAAGAGCGACGUCUACAGCUUCGGGGUGCUGCUGCUGGAGCUGGUCACCGGCGCGGAGGCAUUCGACGCGGAGAGGGAGAGACGGCUGACGGCCGAAAUGGCCCCUGCGUUGCGGGACCCGCAGGGCCGGGCAUCGGAGGCGGUGGACCCCGGUUUAUCAGGGGAGUACGACGCCGGAGAGGCGGCCGAGGUACUAAGAAUGGCGGCGAUGUGCCUCGGGGACAACCCUAGCCUCCGCCCGUCGAUGUCACACGUGGCGGCGAUGCUGCGACAGAAGACAGCGGCGGCGUCCAUCGAGUCGGUCGCAGCUCAUUACCUAAAAGAGAGUUUUGUUAAAGAAAUGUGAGAUAAGAAGGGUAGACAUCAGACAUCACAUGGCGCCAAUCGAAGUAAUUACUCCAUGUCCUGUGCUAUUGUUGACUCCGUGAAGGCUGUUGCUAUGGGCAUUCAAUUCUCUCUUAGUUUUGUUGAAGCUGGCAUUAAAUUUGUUCAGCUACCGAGCUCUUCAGAUUACUUGUGCAGUAGGGGAGCCGAGGCCUAAGCCUCUGACAGGCAUGUAAUGAGCUUGCUUAAAGCUGGAUAAUGAAAAGUCAAGUGUGUUUCUUGUAGUGCCACAAGAGUGGUGGUCAGGCCACAAAUGGAUGGCAUGGAAGCUGAAAGCAGAGGCAGUCGACCUGCUUUCCAGCCGCUCUGCUAGGCUGGAAGUCAUGGAAGGGUCACUCUCAGUCUCGAGGACUAGUGUGAUCUUUAAUUUGUCGAGUAUAUAGAGUCUGGUACCAUGAGUUGAGCACAUGGUCUUCUCCUUGGUGAUUGGAGUUCCAAAAUCGGGAGAGGUCCACUUAAAUAAAUUAAGUAUGCAAGAGUAGUCCGGUGUAUAAAACUUUCUUCAAUGCGGAUCCUGGAAAGGGUUAGUUUUAUUUUAUUUUGUAAAAGACUGAUUCACAACUCGAAUCAGUAAUAUUCAGAUCACAUCGUAAUAAUUUUACCUUUGCUU